UUGGGCUGGAGCUGGAGCCCUCCUGCACCUCGGCCCCAGGACCCGCGUCCACCAGAGCUGCUGGGGCUUGGGACGGCGGCGGGAGAAGCUGAGAUGUGAAACCCCCACCCCACCCCGAUUGUCAUCGCCUUCUCUGAUGCCUGUUUCUGCAAACAACAGCCCGCACCAGUCAGCGAGCACUUCUCUGGAUCUUCGUGGAGAAAGGAGCAGCCACUGGGCGCUCGCAAAGCCAGGCAGAAGUUGGGCUGCCCUGGGCAGCUGUGAAACAGCUGCGUGAGAAGGGUGGGCUAGGAGACUAAGGGAGCGCAGCUAAGGAAGGGAAGCGGAGGUGCCCCUCGCUUUCUCCGAGAUUUCGGAGUCGGGUUAGAGGGAGAAAUGCUGAGCCCGCGUCCGGGCUCCUGCCUCCGCGGCAGCAUCUUCAGCAGCAGCCUCAGCAUCAGCACCGGCGGGACAGCGACAGCGGGGGCGGCGCAGGCGCACUGUGCCCGGCGGAGCCUGCAGUUCCCCAGCCCCGUGUGCGGCACCGCCACAGUCUGGGCAGCGGCGGCCGGGGGAGCGCUACUACCAUGAACUGCCUGGUCCUCCUCCCCAGAGCUGCUCAUCCGGGUCGGGCUGGAGACACAGUCAGGGGACCCCGCCGCCGCCGCCGCGCCCCCUUUUCUUUCGUCUCCAUCUCCACCACCUUUUCCUCCUCUUCUUCUUCUUCCACCUUUUCUUCCUGCUUCCCCCCCUCCCCCGCCGCGGAUCCUGGCCGCUGCUCUCCAAACCCAGGAUGCCGGGGGGCAAGAGAGGGCUGGUGGCGCCGCAGAACACGUUUUUGGAGAACAUCGUCAGGCGCUCCAGUGAAUCAAGUUUCUUGCUGGGAAACGCCCAGAUUGUGGACUGGCCUGUAGUUUACAGUAAUGACGGUUUUUGUAAACUCUCUGGGUAUCAUCGAGCAGACGUCAUGCAGAAAAGCAGCACUUGCAGUUUUAUGUAUGGAGAAUUAACCGACAAGAAGACCAUUGAGAAAGUCAGGCAGACUUUUGACAACUACGAGUCAAACUGUUUUGAAGUUCUUCUGUACAAAAAAAACCGCACCCCUGUUUGGUUUUACAUGCAGAUUGCACCAAUAAGAAAUGAGCAUGAGAAAGUGGUCUUGUUCUUGUGUACCUUCAAGGAUAUCACACUGUUCAAACAGCCAAUAGAGGAUGACUCAACGAAAGGUUGGACAAAAUUUGCUCGAUUGACACGGGCUUUGACAAAUAGCCGAAGUGUUUUACAGCAGCUUACACCAAUGAACAAAACAGAGACAGUCCACAAACACUCACGACUAGCUGAAGUUCUUCAGCUGGGGUCAGACAUCCUUCCUCAGUACAAGCAAGAAGCGCCAAAGACGCCGCCACACAUCAUUUUACACUACUGUGCUUUUAAAACUACUUGGGAUUGGGUGAUUUUAAUUCUUACCUUCUACACCGCCAUCAUGGUUCCUUACAAUGUUUCCUUCAAAACAAAGCAGAACAAUAUAGCCUGGCUGGUGCUGGACAGUGUGGUGGACGUUAUUUUUCUGGUUGACAUUGUUUUAAAUUUUCACACGACUUUUGUGGGGCCGGGUGGAGAGGUCAUUUCUGACCCAAAGCUCAUAAGGAUGAACUAUCUGAAAACAUGGUUUGUGAUCGAUCUGCUGUCCUGUUUACCUUACGACAUCAUCAAUGCCUUCGAGAAUGUGGACGAGGGAAUCAGCAGCCUCUUCAGUUCUUUAAAGGUGGUGCGCCUCUUACGCCUGGGCCGUGUUGCCAGAAAACUGGACCAUUACCUGGAGUAUGGAGCUGCGGUCCUUGUGCUCCUGGUGUGUGUGUUUGGAUUGGUUGCCCACUGGCUGGCCUGCAUCUGGUAUAGCAUUGGAGACUAUGAGGUCAUUGAUGAAGUCACCAACACCAUUCAAAUAGACAGCUGGCUCUACCAGUUGGCCUUGAGCAUUGGGACUCCAUAUCGCUACAAUACCAGUGCAGGGAUCUGGGAAGGAGGGCCCAGCAAGGAUUCCCUGUAUGUGUCCUCUCUUUACUUCACCAUGACGAGCCUUACGACCAUAGGAUUUGGAAACAUAGCUCCCACCACAGACGUGGAGAAGAUGUUCUCAGUAGCCAUGAUGAUGGUUGGCUCUCUUCUUUAUGCAACUAUUUUUGGAAAUGUUACCACAAUUUUCCAGCAAAUGUAUGCCAACACCAACCGUUACCAUGAGAUGCUGAAUAAUGUUCGAGAUUUCCUGAAAUUAUAUCAGGUCCCUAAAGGCCUUAGUGAACGAGUCAUGGAUUAUAUUGUCUCAACAUGGUCAAUGUCAAAAGGCAUCGACACGGAGAAGGUCCUCUCCAUCUGUCCCAAGGACAUGAGAGCUGACAUCUGUGUUCAUCUGAACCGGAAGGUUUUUAACGAACAUCCUGCAUUCCGAUUGGCCAGCGAUGGGUGUCUGCGUGCCUUGGCAGUGGAGUUCCAAACCAUUCACUGUGCUCCCGGGGACCUGAUUUAUCAUGCUGGAGAAAGUGUGGAUGCUCUUUGCUUUGUAGUGUCGGGGUCCUUGGAAGUUAUCCAGGAUGACGAGGUGGUGGCUAUUUUAGGAAAAGGUGAUGUGUUUGGAGACAUCUUCUGGAAGGAAACCACCCUUGCUCAUGCUUGUGCCAAUGUCCGGGCCCUGACUUACUGUGACCUGCACAUCAUCAAGCGAGAAGCCUUGCUCAAGGUCCUUGACUUCUAUACAGCAUUUGCAAACUCAUUUUCAAGGAACCUCACUCUCACUUGCAAUCUAAGGAAGCGGAUCAUCUUCCGUAAAAUCAGUGACGUGAAGAAGGAGGAGGAAGAGCGACUGCGGCAGAAGAAUGAGGUUACUCUCAGCAUCCCUGUGGACCACCCAGUGAGGAAGCUCUUCCAGAAGUUCAAGCAGCAAAAGGAGCUGAGGAACCAGGGCUCGGCGCAGAGCGACCCUGAAAGGAGCCAGCUUCAGGUAGAGAGCCGCCCUUUGCAGAACGGAGCCUCCAUCACAGGUACCAGUGUGGUCACCGUGUCACAGAUUACCCCCAUCCAGACAUCUCUGGCCUAUGUGAAAACCAGUGAGUCCCUUAAGCAGAACAACCGUGAUGCCAUGGAAAUGAAGCCCAAUGGUGGUGCCGAACAGAAAUGUCUGAAAGUCAACAGCCCCAUCAGAAUGAAAAAUGGAAAUGGGAAAGGGUGGCUGAGGCUGAAGAACAGCAUGGGGGCUCACGAGGAGAAAAAGGAAGACUGGAACAAUGUCACCAAAGCUGAGUCAAUGGGGCUGUUGUCGGAGGACCCCAAAGGCAGUGACUCAGAGAACAGUGUGACCAAGAACCCGUUAAGGAAAACAGAUUCUUGUGACAGCGGGAUUACAAAAAGUGACCUUCGUUUGGAUAAAGCCGGGGAGGCCCGGAGUCCUCUAGAACACAGCCCUAUCCAGGCUGAUGCCAAGCAUCCUUUUUACCCCAUCCCUGAGCAGGCCUUACAAACCACACUGCAGGAAGUAAAACAUGAACUCAAAGAGGACAUCCAGCUGCUGAGCUGCAGAAUGACUGCCCUGGAAAAGCAGGUGGCAGAAAUUUUAAAACUACUCUCAGAGAAAAGUAUACCCCAGACCUCCUCUCCAAAACCCCAAAUGCCACUCCAAGUACCUCCCCAAAUACCGUGUCAGGAUAUUUUUAGUGUCUCAAGGCCGGAGUCACCUGAAUCUGACAAAGAUGAAAUCAACUUUUAAUAUAUAAAUAUAUAUACAUAUAUAUUUGUCAAUAUAUUUAAAAUGGUAUAUACAUCUAUAUACAUAUGUGUGUAUAUAUAGUAUAUACAUAUAUAUUUUCACUUGCUUUCAAUAUGAUGAACACGAAUAUGGAUUUUGAUAUGUACAUAUUGCAUGUCCAGCUGGAUUCUGGCCUGCCAAAGAUGAUUAUUCAAAACAUAGAUAUUGCUUGUAUAUUAUGCAGUUGACUGCAUGCACACUUUACAUUUAUUUACAACCUCUAUUCUGUAAUAAAAAAAGUAUGAAUUUUGUUAACUAAGGCAAUGUAAUCUUUGAAGAAUCAGGGUCCAACCUGCCAAUGUUGCCAUGACAAACUUGAUCUCAGGCUGAGUAUAUCGAGCUGUCAUUUCCUCACUCUUCUGUUUAGUUAAAAUUACAGAUUAAUGUCAAGGGAGAGUUCAGCUUCCGAAGCCGUCAGACCAUUUUAUGAUCUCAUGCCAUAGAGUAUUUUUCUGUAACUUAGUGUUAGGUUCUUUUUCCUUACAGGCAAUGUUUGCUCCAUUGAAAUGACUGUGUCUUUGCCUACAUCUGAUGCCGGUGUCAGAUACCGAGAUCUUAUUGCUAUGGGUUUUGUGCAUGAACUGCAUUUCCACUCAAUGAUACCUCUACUUUUUAGCAUUGUAUUAGAUAGUAAUCAUUAGCUCUUAUGUAAAGAAUUCCCUGCUCCCUCCGUCUUGGAGAACAACUGUCAUUUUGGGAGCUGACAUUAUCAACACCAUAAAUACUCAAUUGUUAAUAUAGUGUAUAUUAUUAUAGAAACACUGCACCACAGGGUAUAAGAGCCUUUUAACAAUGUGUUAGAUAUGCUGAUUGUCCAAAGGCAGUGAAUGUUCUACAUUUAUAUUUCCAUAGCUUGUUCAAUGGGGGUGUUGAAAGGCUCUUAGCAAAGAUACAUAUCAAAAUUUUAACUAAUGAUAUAAUUUUUAAAGAAGAACAUAAGCAAUUAGACAUGUUUUAAUUGCAUAUCCGUGGCUUAGAAAGAAUGAAAUAUAGGUAUAGAAAUACUAACACAUUAUUUUUAUUGUUUGAAGAGGUGACACAUGAGUUGUGGUUAGCUUACAAAAUAACCAACCUAGAAGACAACAAUAAGUUGCUUUAUUCAGAAAGCUGCUUUCCUAUGACUUUAUUCUGGGUAUAAAUUUCCCUAAGCUUUGGCAC